AUGGGCACUUUCACAAGUCAGCGGGAAAACAUAUCUGAUGCUGCGAUGCUUGAUAACGUGGAUCAGAUCAUCCAUCAAAGCAGAGCAGAAUCGCUUCAGCCUCGGAAGUAUACUGAAACAUUGGCAGAAGCCUCCGCUUCAGAUUCUAGAGACACAACAACACUACGAACGUCUCCUACAACAUCAGGUGCUCAAACCCCAUCAGUGGUAGAUUUGGGUGCUUCUCAGACAUUUACUCCUCUGGUUACUUUUGUGAACACCAUCACUCCAAAUCAAAUUGGAGCCGCCAUUGAUGCUUCAGAAUACGCACGGAUGUUCUCGGCUCUUGUGAUUGCACUUCUUGUCAUACUGUCUCAUCUGGGAUUCUCUUCCCUAGGCAGCAUAGUAAACCUCAGACCUGUAUUCUUGCUUCUCUUGACCGAUGCCACAAUUGUGCUUGGACGUGUUCUGCUGAGCCAUCAUGGAGAUUCUUCCUCAGCCUCAAGACGAGAGAACUCGGGAGCUGUAAUGAACGGACAAGGCAUAGCGGACCAAGUGGGCAACGCGCUGGAGAUAAUGAUGAUGAUGAAGAAGAUAAUGAACGCUGUUUCUAUGGAUUUCAGCUUAUACGCUGUGAUUCUCAUCUGUGGCCUCUUGUUCACAAAAAGCAUCUUUGCUUAG